AUGCCCGAACCGCCGUCAAAUAGCGUUAAAGUCCCCAAAGAGAGACGACGGUCGUUUAUGGAGUAUGGCGGUGCCAACUCCCUUAGCAACUUUGCUUCCUCAUACUCUCGGGCUCAGCACUACACCGGGUCGUCCUUAUUGGAGUCAGACGAUAGUGAUAAUAAUGAAGGAGCUAACCAAUCUCAAACAGAACGGCGACCCACGUAUGCGAGUCUAAUUAGCAAUGAAGGAAGAGGACGUCCAUCAAUCUCAGAAGAAACAGUUAUAGACGAGGAAAUGCAGAUAGAUGGGACUUCACCAGCAAUGCAAGAUUAUGACCUAAUUCAAUCACGAGAACAUGAAGACAUACAUCGAUACCGACAGCAAUCGCCUGUUAAAAAUCAACUUCCAGGGCCUUUUGAAUCCAAUGAGUUAAUGAACGAUACCACACCAUUGCUACCCACACUUUCGAAUCUGAGUAGCUUUGCUUCAUUAAAUCUUAAGGCGGGCAAUUCAACAGCACCGCAAACUAUAUUUAACUCAGUAAACACGCUAGUGGGGAUAGGGAACUUGUCGAUCCCUUUUGGUUUUCAUCUAAGUGGAUGGAUAUGUGGAUGUGUGUUGUUAGUAGGAUCGGCAUUGAGCACCAACUUGACUGCAAAAUAUCUUGGCCGAAUUUUGCGUGCCCACCCAAACUUGAUGACUUACGGCGACAUAUCUUUUGCUUAUGGUGGGAAAGCAUUUGCCAUCUUUGUCACCUCAUUCUUUAUAUUGGACUUGCUAGGCGCUUCACUCUCGAUGAUUAUUCUAUUUAGCGACUGCUUUGCCAUUAUUUGGCCUCAUAAACAAUUACUCAAAUUAAUCAUCAUUACAAUAGUGUUUUUCACAAGCUUACUUCCAUUGAGUAUUCUAUCAAUAUUUAGCUUAUUUGGCAUUUUGUGCACCAUUGGUAUAAUUGGUAUCAUCAUUGCCUGUGGGUUUGUCCUUGAUGAAUCGCCCGGUUCGCUUUUACAGUUUGCACCAACAAACUUGUGGCCACAAAACUUCCCCUCAUUACUAUUCAGCUUGGGUAUUUUUAUGGCACCAUGGGGUGGUCAUCCUGUAUUUCCCGAACUAUAUCGUGACAUGAGACAUCCUACAAAGUUUAGCAAAACGAGCAAUAUUUCUUUUUCCGUUACUUUUGUAUUGGAUUUUGCUAUAGGUAUCACUGGGUAUUUGAUGUACGGAUCCUUAGUUGAUGAUUCUGUUAUCAAGAGUAUAAUGCAAAAUCCAAAUUAUCCUGAAUGGAUCAACAAAGCGUUGUGUUUGUUAAUGGGUAUAUUGCCCAUUUCUAAAUUGCCUUUGGUGACGAGACCAAUCAUUACGUCGUAUGAAAAAAUUUUGGGAUUGACGCCAUCAAUGCCACAACCGAUACCUCCUCCUCCUUCGUCCCCUUCGUUGUCAUCUUCUCCGAAUCCAUCAUACCCACCACAUCUGAAUCGCGGAUUGAGACAAAAAACUAAUUCUUUUUUCAAGUUGAAUACGAUAUUGAGAGUCAUAACCAGGUUGGCUUUUUGCAGUGUGCUCCUCGUAUUGGCGUUGAUGCUAAGCUCUUUUGGUAAAGUUGUCUCCUUUCUUGGAAGCGCAAUCUGCUAUACUGUAUGCCUUGCCCUUCCAUUAUUAUUCUACUUGGAGUUAAACAGUUUAGAGAUUUCCAGCUGGCAGAGAACAAUCACCCAAGCUUGUGUAAUAAUGGCGUUGGUCUUUGCAAUCUCGGGCACUUAUGCAACAAUUACUGCAUAG